CUGUGCAGCCGUCGAGCGAGCCCACGAGUGGAUUUGUCGUGUCGUCACUUUGCAGACAACUAACGGUGCGCAUGCGCGAUGGAGUCGGACGCGAGCCGCGUGUCCAGCAGGCCGUCAUCCCCGGAGGGAGACGACCUCUUCACGUCCGCCCUGCAGCGCACGUCCGCGCACGGCUUCCCGGGGGCCGUGUCGUCCACGCAGGGCGACUCUCCGUCCCCCCACCACCACCACCACCACCACCACCACCUCCCCCACCACCACCACCACCUGCUGCACGGCAGCGGCGGCGCGCACCUGCUGCGAGGCCUGUCGGAGGAGGACGCGCUGGCCCUGCACGCGGCCUCCAAGAAGGAGCGCAAGCUGAUGUCGGAGAACGAGCUGCAGACCAUCCGCCUGAAGAUCAACAGCCGCGAGCGCAAGCGCAUGCACGACCUGAACGUGGCCAUGGACGGCCUGCGCGAGGUCAUGCCGUACGCGCACGGGCCCUCCGUGCGCAAACUGUCCAAGAUCGCCACGCUGCUGCUGGCCAGGAACUACAUCCUGAUGCUCAGCAGCUCCCUGGACGAGAUGAAGCGCCUGCUCAGUGACGUCUACGGCGGCGGCGCGCACGCACACGCCGGCUUCCACGCGGCCGCCUGCGGGACUAUGAGCCACGCGGGGCCAGUGCCCGCGCACGCCCCCGUGCACCACCACUCGCUUCUCCCGCCGCCUCCACCGCCUCCUCCCGCCGCCGCCGCCGGUGCAGUCCGGCCGCACGGACUCCUCAAGGCCCCCGCGGGCCCGGCCUUCCAGCACUGGGGGGUCGCGGCCGGUCUGCCGUGCCCGUGCAGCAUGUGCGCGGUGCCGCGCCUGGCGGGAGACUCCAAGUGACGACGGCGGGACUUUUUUUUUAACUUGUUGGCCUUUUCCCGGGAAGUCACGAGCGCAUGGCGGGAAAGUUAACUUAUUCACACAAAAAGCUGUAAAUAAAUGUACAUUUUUCUACAUCCACGUAAA